CCAGUCUAGACAUUUUGUGUCUUGUCAAAAAAUGUGCUGUUUAUUUAAAGUCACAUGGUCCCAGGCUGCAUUUAUGAUUCACAGAGCCUAAUUAUUUCUCACUGAGUGCCAUAGGGAGUGUAUGCAUGUAGUAAGAAAGAGAGGGAGGAAGAAACGAAAGGGAAGGAGGGAGGGUGAGGGAAAGAAAGAAAGAAAGUAAGAGAGAGAGACAGAAAUGAGUUGGUGAGUUGGUUUGUGCUCUGCCUCUGCAGUUUAAGGGAGCCGGACGAACGUAGAGCGUGUUCGAUUCCUCUCCACAACGCACUCUUGUCUCCUCCUUCAUCCUGGGUGAAGCUGGGAAAGUUUCUUCAACGGCUGGAGCUGCGCUAAAGUGGGUCCUCCGGGUCUGAAGUAACUGGAGCACUGAGUACGCCAGGUGAAGUACCGCUAAACCUCCGUCACCCUGGCAGCUUGGCCGGGAUCACAGGGCCAGCCAGCCAGAGCCUCGGCUUGUGGUGUCGCCAUGGCCACCAAUCGUAGUCACAUGCCCGGCUUCCCGCCCGCUGUCUAUCCGUUUGCCUUCAACUCCAUGCGGAGCCACUCCCCCUUUGACCUGAUGGCCAAUGGAAGCCUGUUUGGCCGCUUUGGGGCGGACCUUCCUAAAGAGAUGGCUGCCUUGUCGGUGGAGACCCAGAGCACCAGUUCAGAGGAGAUGGUACCCAGUUCGCCCUCUCCACCCCCACCGCCGCGUGUCUACAAGCCGUGCUUCGUGUGCCAGGAUAAAUCAUCGGGCUACCACUACGGCGUUAGCUCCUGUGAGGGCUGCAAGGGCUUCUUUCGGCGCAGCAUCCAGAAGAACAUGGUGUACACCUGCCACCGUGACAAGAACUGCCAGAUCAACAAGGUCACACGCAACCGCUGCCAGUACUGCCGUCUGCAGAAGUGCUUUGAAGUCGGCAUGUCCAAGGAAGCUGUGAGGAAUGACCGAAACAAGAAGAAGAAGGACGUGAAGGAGGAAAUCGUGCCUGUUGAGAGCUACGAGCUGAGUGGCGAACUGGAGGAACUGGUCAACAAAGUGAGCAAAGCUCACCAAGAGACCUGCCCUUCAUUGUGCCAGCUGGGAAAAUACACCACGAACUCCAGCUCAGAUCACCGUGUUCAGUUGGAUCUCGGAUUGUGGGACAAGUUCAGUGAACUUUCCACCAAGUGCAUUAUCAAGAUCGUGGAGUUCGCCAAGCGCCUCCCUGGCUUCACGACUCUCACCAUUGCCGACCAGAUCACCCUGCUCAAAUCAGCCUGUCUGGACAUUCUGAUGCUGCGGAUCUGCACACGCUACACACCGGAGCAGGAUACGAUGACAUUUUCAGAUGGACUUACUCUAAACCGGACUCAGAUGCACAAUGCUGGGUUCGGUCCGCUAACUGAUCUGGUCUUUGCGUUUGCUGGGCAACUUUUACCGCUGGAGAUGGACGACACCGAAACAGGCCUCCUCAGUGCCAUCUGUCUUAUCUGUGGAGACCGCAUGGACCUGGAGGAGCCCCAGCGUGUAGAUCGUCUACAGGAGCCUCUACUGGAGGCGCUGAAAAUCUACGCCCGUCGCCGCCGGCCCAACAAACCCCACAUGUUCCCACGAAUGCUGAUGAAGAUCACAGACCUGCGUGGCAUCAGCACCAAAGGAGCAGAGAGAGCGGUCACCCUGAAAAUGGAAAUCCCAGGCCCAAUGCCACCUCUGAUCCGUGAAAUGCUGGAGAAUCCGGAGGCGUUUGAAGAGCAGCCAGAAUGCAACGAGAGCAAAGACGAGCCAGCUCCUCCUCCUCCUCCUCCAACAGUUCCCCCGUUCACCCUGAAGACAGAGCGUGAGGAUGAGGACGAGAGCUGGGCCACUGAGAACGGAAGUGAGCCGUCACCGGAGGAGGAAGACGACGAUGACGACGAUGCCGAGGAAGAGAGGGGAACGGACAGUGACGGAGAGGCCUGGCCUGGUCAGGAACCUAAUGUGGACAUGUCCAGAAAAAGCCAUAGUGGAAGAGCCCAAUGAGCAGGCUUCUUCUCUGUAAACACAAACCCACACAACACCUUCACUCCUCGUUCCCCUUGGCUACCCUGUUCUAACAGCAAGCUGCCCCUGUAGGGGCAAACAUAGAGCCUUAUAUCCGUACAGCCAACCUUAACUCAGGCCUAUUGGUCAUCAAAUGAGACACGCAUGCAUAAUGUGUGAAGACUUGAGAUGGACGGCUCUUCUCAGGAACUCUGGAAAAAGGGCAAGAGGGAAGACGUGAGACUAAACAAAUGACUGUACAGACAAAACAAUUACUUUUUUUAUACUAUUAUGUUUGUAUUAAAGAGAAACGAGCAGCCAUACAGAAAAACAUAAAAUAAACCAGUCAACAGGUUCAAGAAAAAAAAGAAAAGAAAAAAAACCUACAAGCUGAAAUAACCAUUGGGUUGCAUUUGAAUACCGUUUUUUAACGUUUUGUUUUCAGCCUCUUUUACUUUUUUUAUGAAUAUGCCCAUACAUAUCUAUAUACCUUUAUAUUUUUGUCUUUGUAUACUAUUUUUUCAGUUAUACAUUUGUUUGGAAAGCUUUCCUAAGGAGAGACGGAGAUGAUCCAAUAAUUAUACCUGGCAGACGUCUACUGAGUCUUUACCCAGACGUUUGGCUGGGUUCUCAAGCACUUGGCUCACUGUAGACGUCGAGGGUAAUCAGUCGGCUAGCUUGUCUCUUCCUUGACUCCUGCUAGUUGAUUGAUAUUUUAAGGACUGGGAUUAGCGAUAUGAGUUAUGGUUGCUUAAGCUGCAGUACCUUCCUGCCAACUGAAUGGUGUUUUUGUGCCAAAGCAUGCAGUUUAUAACGUGGCAAAGAGUUUGUCAGCACUCAGUGAUCCCCUCUAAAGCCAAACUCUAAAGAGUACACUUGGUUUAUAUGUAAGGCAGGCUUUAUAUGCUAAAUGUUCAGAACGAUCACUUCCUUAAUGUUCUUUUGAGACAUGUUUCCACAAGAAUGCUUUGCUAAGAUUUUCAUACACACUUGAAAAAUACCCACAUCUUCCAUAUCCACAAUAUCCCCACAUAUCACAAGCACAUCCAGCAUGCCGGCAGAACUCUUUCUUACAGUAUAUAUAAAAAAAAAAACGGAAACUCCGACUCAGGGCAUUUCGGUGAGGACCAAACGCUAGCUGCCUGCAGGCAUGCUGCAAAAACAGCAAUAUUUAUGUGUGUGUAGUAUUCAAUAUGUUUGCUCAGUUUAGAUGUCCAGCUUGGAAGUGGUGACAUCUACAGACCUUAGUAAAGCCAUUGUAAAACUUUUAUAUACUCUCUUUUAUUAUAUGGUCAUUUUUUUUAGUUAUAUACUGCCAAAAAAACACAGCAUGCAAUUAGGUGACCGUGUUUAAUGUGCCACUUUUACAGUUAUGCAAUACAGAAACCAGAUGUGUGUGUGUUUAUCUCUGGGAUUGUGAGGUCUGUUGAGCAUGGAUUUAAUGAAUGAUGAAUGUCAUUUGUGUGGUGCUAAAACACAAGAAUGUGAACAUGCACCCGCUUUUUUUUACACACACACACACACGCACAUGCGCGCACACACACAUAUACAUACAUAUGUAAGCACCAUUGCCGGUCCUUUGUGCACACUCUUGCCUGUCCUGUUCAUUCAGAAACACAGGUGCGCACAAAAAAACCUCUUCUGGCACCUAGUGGAGUGUAGCACUUCCUGUAACACGUUGCUAUGUUGCAAACCGAAUGUUGACAUUUAUGUUGUCUGUUUUUGCUCAUUUUUAUGUCAUCGAUUUGGAUGAGGCGUUCUCGGGUCCCUGUUCAUGUUUAAGCAGCUCUGUUAUAUAAAGAAAAGCCAUAUAAACAUUCAAAGGCAAUAAAUGACUGAUUGCAA